AUGUCCAACAAUCGGAUUCCGUCUGGUCCCAAUACCCCAGGUAGUCAGCAGACUCCAACACAGCAGGGAAUAAAGAUAUUCAUUCAGAGGGACUAUUCUGAAGGAACGGCUGUGAAAUUUCAAACCAGAUUUCCACCAGAACUCGAAGAUAGGAUAGACAGACAAACAUUUGAAUACACAAUAGAGAGACUGAAUGAACACUUUGACAUGGCAGAAACGGCGGACUGUAGCACUUACUGCGAGGGAUGCUUGGCUUGUCUAACAGCUUAUUUUAUAUAUAUCUGCACAGAGACCCAUUAUGAAAAGCAUCUUCGAAAGAUAUCAAAAUUUAUUGCAACACAAAAUGAACGAGUAUACAACCCACGAGGCAUUCACUUAACUGAUCCAAUACUUCGAGGCUUAAGAGUGAUAGAAGUAACAAUAAUAGAUGUCCCAAACUGUCAGAGCCCAACUGGUAAUUCCACCACUCAGCUGCGACACACUUGA